AUGAGUGAUGAAGACACUGAAAUUUCUGAGCGUAUUUCAAAUGCGCGCCAGAAGCAACAGCGUCGUUAUAUAAAUUUUGUUGAUGCUAAAUAUGAGUACAAGCAAAAUUUAGGUGAUUUGUUUGCUUUUCAAGAAAUUGGAGAGAAUUGUAGUAUCAUCAGAGGAUUUAAGAGCGGAUCUAUUGGUGGAAAGCAAAGUACAUUAUAUGAUCCUAAGAAAUUAGCCGGAAUUAAAUCAUGGACAGGCGGAUUUUUCCCAUUAUCUGGUCUUAAGGUCGAAGGUAAUCAAGGAUUUGCCGUAAGUGUCAUCUAUGCACUCAGUUCAUGCCCAAGUUUCAGACAAUUUGCUGAUAUUCACAAGACUACAUGCCAUCGAAUUGGAUGUUCCCUUUGCCAAGUUCUUCAAUUUUACCAAGCCUCAGAAACACGCAAACUGACCAAAUUCCCACUAGAAAUCAAAGUUUUCGAUCACAAAUACCGUCCUGGAGAUAAAGGCGACAGUGCUGUCUUUUUAUCUGGAUUUUUGGACAUUCUUCAGCAAGAAGAACUAUCAAGUGCCCGUGCAUUUGGUAAAACAGACCAGUAUACAUCAGCAAUUGGCCAAAUUUUCAGAAUUGAAGCAAUAAAUAAAAUUCAUUGCACAAAAUGCGGUCGAAUCCGUCAAACUAAGGAGAGUUAUUGGACACUUUGCGCAAACAAACCUUUAGAAGACGAAAUUGAUCAAGAAUUCAAGACAGAAAUUACAGAUUCAGUUUGUGACGCAUGUAACGGUCCAAUUUAUUCAACUCAAGAGAUGAAAACACUUCCAUUAGUAUUUACAGUCCAGUUCCCACAUUGGACUGCCAAAGGAGACUUCAGAAAACGAAAUAUCGAUAUGAGCAAAUAUCUUUCCAUCGAAAUCAACGACAGGAAGUACAAACUCGUUGCAUUUACAGCUUACGAAGGCUUCAGUGCUAACGAUGGCCGCUUCUCUACCGUUUUUCAGUCACAAUCUGGAGUUUGGAACCAUCAUUCGAACGGACAAGUCCAAGUUAUCUCUGUUAAGAUGCUGGAUAAGUUCCAACCACAGCUUACCUUCUUUUCCGUUGAUGAACCUAAUGAAAUUGACGCAACAUCAGAAUUUGUUAAAAUUAAUAACGACGAAGAUGAAAAUGAUGUUGAUAUCGAUAACCUCGAGCAACAAGAAUCACAGCCUGAAGUCAAAUACUCAAUUUACGACGCAAUGGCCGAGAUUAAACAAGAUAUUCAAAAAGAACAAACUCAGAGCCAGCUUUACAGGCCAAAACAACAACCAGUUGAAUCUAAAGAGGAUAAUGAAGACCAGGAAGAGCCAAUUCAAGAAAUUAAAGAAGAAAAAGCGAAAAUUGUUCGAAAUCCGCUCCAAAUGCUUCUGAAGAAAUCUGUUCAUAGCACAGGUACUUGGGAUGACGGAAAUACACCUGAGAGAGAUGUUGGACCUGGAUUUGUCGAAGAAAAACCAGAUGAAUGGGAUGCAGAACUUGAUAAAGGCCACCAAAGGAAGAUCAGGACAAAAAGAGAGAUACCGGAACAGAAUCCGUUCGAAAAUGCUCCAGAAAGAAGGAGAAGACCAGGUGAUACUGGAUUUAAGGGAAGAGAUGGAAGAUCUGGUAACUUUUCACGCGGAAGAGAUAGAGAUAAUAGAAGAGGUGGAUUCAGAGGAAGAAGAUAA